AUGGAGCUGGCGGAGGAGGACCUGGACUUCGGAUUGGACGAGGAGGAGGAGAGGGAGUGGGCCGCCUACGACGAGGACGUCCGGCAGUACCAGCAGCUCAUGAGCAGCGUGGGAAUGACCGCGGACGAGCUGAGGGAGGCAGCGGUCGCACGCAGCGACGAGGCUGCCCAGAGCGGCGGCUCUGGCGCCAGCUUCCUGGGGCAGGCGCCCGAGGGUCUCACCGACGACGAGGUCAGCCGGCUCGAGGAGGUGCUGGGCAACAUGGAGCUCGACGUCGGGCAGGAGGCCGCUCGGCAGGGCGAGCAGGCGCAGGGGGAGCCGCCGUUGCGGGAGUUCCUGAAGGAGAGACCCGGCGCGGCCCCGCCGCCGCGCAGGCGGGCGGCGCGGAGGCUGGCGGCUGGCAGCCCGGAUUGGGCUCCGCAGGUUCCAGCUACGACGGCCUCCCCGAAGAGUACCGCGAUCGCCUCGCCAGCGACGAGGGCGGCAUCGUCGUCAGCGGCGAGCUCGGCCGGAAGACCGUGGUGCUGCUGA